AUGGCUGCCAUGACCAUGUGCGACUUUGACCUCCGCCAACGUAUCCAGACCUCCGAGUUUAACGAAGGCCGUCUUCUCAUCCAGUGGAUCAACAGCCUCGAAGUCGCCGAGCGUCUUGCCGAUCCUGGCCUCGCCAUUGCCCCUUCGGGCACUUGCAUCAUCCAGAGCCAGCCAUGGGCCAUCUACCGCACCCCAUCCGUUGCUACAAAUGCAAUGACCGCUUCCAUCUUUCUAGCAGAGCGCAACGAGGCCGAUACCUUUCUCACCGUUGCAGUCAAGCAUCCCUCCUACAAGCACUUGGCCGUCAUCAUGCGUAUGUCUGUCUCAAACGAUAUUCUUCGGGCCUGCGCACCUACCAUGCGCAAGAUGCUCGCCCACCACCUCGUCCUCGCCAUCACCCGUGCACUCGCAACGACAGCCAUGAUUUCGAUCCGCGGCCCGCUUCUUACCGCACAUCCCGUCAGCAACCAGCAGCUCUACCGCCGCGACGCUUGGCUCGAAGAGACAUUCCAGGGCAAGCUUCGCCAUCGCGAGGUCCUCUUCACAUAUGGGUUCUAG